UGAAUUAUUUGAGCCCAAAAUGCAGAAAGACUAUCAGCGUGUGUUCUAACUUCUAAAUUCCUUCCUUCCUUCCUCGCUGCUGCCUUUUGUUUUUCGUUUCUUCAGAGUAGAAGGGGACACUUUCCUUCAAAACUAUGCGUUUAUCUUCAAAGCGAAGGCUCUAUUGUUUUACAAAAACGAGAUUUUCUCGUCUCGAAUCAGCUUACCUUUGUACAGCAGCUCGAAAUGAUGCUGAAGCCUUGCAAAUCGCAUCUAUCCUUACUAAGGAUGACUGGAAAGGCCUUCUGGAAACAUCAUCAGAUUUGAAAAUCAAGCUAAACCCAGAAAUUAUUCACUCCUUUCUUCUCCAAAACUCGGUUCUUGAUCCCAAGCGUCUCCUCUUUUUCUUCAACUGGGCAAGUCACAAAUCCCCAAACCCUCUAAAAUUAGAUUCUUUUUCGUUCCUAGCGCUUACUUUAUGCAAUUCAAAACUGUUUCGUGAUGCCAAUCAGGUUUUAAACAAUAUGGUUAGGACAAGGAUGCCGGUUCAGGCCGUUUUGGGUUCAAUUAUUAGGUGUUAUAAGGAUUAUGAAGGGAAUGAUGUAGACAUUUUGGAGAUUUUGAUUGAUUGUUAUAAGAAAAUGGGUUCUUCGGAUGAUGCUGUUUAUGUUUUUUUGGGUGCUAAAGAAGUUGGGGUUUUGCCUGGUUUGGUUUGCUGUAAUAACUUUUUAGGCGAUUUGCUUAAGUUAAAUAAACUGGAUUUGUUUUGGAAGGUUUUCAAUGGAAUGAUCGAUGCUAAAUUGGUGCCCGAUGUUUAUACUUAUACCAAUGUGAUCAAUGCUCAUUGUCGAGUUGGGAGCAUCAAGGAAGCAAAAAGGGUGCUUUUGGAGAUGGAGGAGAAGGGAUCUAGUCCUGGUUUGGUUACUUAUAAUGUUAUGAUUUGUGGAUUGUGCAGAGCCGGUUCUGUUGAUGAAGCAUUGAAGUUGAAAAAUUCCAUUGCUGAAAAGGGUAUCAACCCUGAUGCUUAUACUUACAAUAUAGUUAUCGAUGGGUUGUGUAGGGAGAAUAGAUUACCGGAAGCGAAACUGAUGAUGGCGGAAAUGGGUAGUGCAGGUUUAAAUCCUACCCAUAUUGCUUACACGGCUUUGAUCAAUGGAUUCAUAAAACAGGGUAGUAUGGCUGAGGCUUUCCGAGUCAAGGAUGAGAUGGUUGCUUGUGGAAUUAAAUUGAAUGUUUUCACAUAUAAUUCGCUUAUUAGUGGUGCUUGUAAGGCUGGUGACUUGGAGAAGAGCAAAGCUCUUAUCAAUGAGAUGGUAUCAAUUGGUAUCGAACCUGAUACACAAACAUUUAGUUUUAUGAUAGAGAGUUAUUGUCGACAAGGGAAUUUUGUCAAGGCCCAUGAACUGCUUGAAGUGAUGAAGAAGCGCAACUUGAAACCCACAAUGUACACUUACAACAUGAUAAUUAGCGGCCUAUGCCACUGUGGAGAUCUUUGUCGAGCUAAUAAUGUUUUUGAGGAAAUGAUCAGGAAAGGGUUGAAGCCCAAUGUCAUUUUGUAUACAAAUCUGAUGAAAGGUCAUAUCCAGAAAAGUAGAUUCGAGGAAGCAAGAAGGAUCUUCGACAGAAUGAUGGAGAAUGAGGUAAUGCCUGAUAUCUUUUGUUGCAAUACUCUUAUAAAUGGCUUAUGUAAGGCCCAAAAGAUCAAUGAAGCGAGGAGCAUCUUAGAUGAAAUGGUUGGCAGGGGAUUGAAGCCUAAUGAACAUACCUAUGUGACUUUCAUCCAUGUAUAUGCUAAGGCCGGGGAAAUGGAGGGCGUAGAAAGGUGUUUCGGAGAGAUGCAAAGUUAUGGUAUAGCUCCAAAUAAUUCUAUGUAUUCUGCAUUGAUUAACAGCCUUUGCAAGGUAGGAAAUGUAACUGAGGCUCUAUUGACAUAUAGGUGCAUGUCUGAAAAAGGUGUGCUCCCGAAUAUAAAGACCUACACUGCGCUCAUCCAUGGCCUCGCGACAAAUGGUAGAAUUAAUGAUGCAUUGCAUCUUUUCUCUCAACUCAAUGAAAAGGGUAUAGUGCCUGACGUAUACACCUAUACUUCUCUCAUUUCUGUCUUCUCUAAGCUUGGUAAUAUGGAGGAAGCUCUCAAUCUUUAUAAUAAGAUGUGUCAAAAAGGUAUUGCUCCGAAUAUUGUUACAUAUAAUACGAUAAUUGAUGGUCUGUGUAAGGUAGGUGACACCAAGAAAGCUUGGGAGAUGUUUAAUGAAAUCUCGCAGAAAGGCUUAGCACCUAAUACUAAGAGUUAUUCUACGGUUAUAGACGGAUAUUGCAAAUCUGGAUAUUUAACUCGGGCAUUUCUGUUACUGGAUAAAAUGCACUCGAAGGGUGUUCCACCAGAUAGUUUUACUUAUUCAGCCCUUAUCAACGGAUGCUGUAAGGAAGGAGAAAUGGACAAGGCACUCUCUAUAUUUUCCGAAAUGAUGCAUAAGGGCUUUGCUUCCAUCUUUUCUUUCAACACAUUGAUUGAUGGAUUAUGCAAGUUGAGGAAACCAAAUGAAGCUAAGAGGCUGUUAGAUGUUAUGAUUGAUAAGUCUAUUCCUCCGAACCAUGUAACCUAUAGUAUCCUGAUUGAUCAUCACUGCAAGGAAGGAGAGAUGGAAGAAGCUGAAAAUCUCUUUCUGGAGAUGCAAAGGCUGAAUUUAGUUCCGAAUGUUGUAACUUACAACUCGCUUUUACAUGGUUACAACAGAGUAGAGAGGCGAGCCGAGAUGUUUGCUCUUUUCGAGUCGAUGGCUACUAAUGGGGUUGAGCCUGAUGAAAUAAUCUAUGGUCUUGUUGCUGAGGCUUACGUGAAAGAAAACAAUUUGAUCAGAAUGUUGAAGCUGUUGGAUGAAAUACUAGUGAAGGAUGUUGCAUUUGAUAAAAACCUGUCUUUCCUUCUGCUGGAUGCAGUAUGCAAUACAAAGAACUUUUCGGAAGUUCCGAAGUUACUCGAAGAAAUGGCAGAGAUAGGACUUAAGCUCAGUCCAAUCACAUGUCACAAGCUCAUUUGUGGUUUUCACAAUAAAAGAAGUCCGGAGACAGCUGAAAGGAUUCUGGAGAGCUUGAUCCGGUUCGGAUGGAUUCUAAAUUCUACCACCCUAAAUAGCAUAAUCGAUAAAGAUUAUGAUGUCGAUUCAACCAAGCAAGGAACAUGUGGAGUUCCUUGUCAGGUGUAAGCAUGAUUACAGGAGAAAAAACUAGAAAUUUGUCAUGUUGGAUGCUUCCAACCAAAGCGGACGACGAUUCAGGUGAUCAAGACACUCGGAAAGUUCAGUGAUAGUGACUAACAUGGUGACUUUGAAUAAGAGAUGUAGGCGGAAGGAGUACAAGGUUUCUCACAUUGUUUAAACCACUAGUAUUCUUCUUCUUUUUCCUUUGCUGGAGUUCUUUACUGAUGGAUAAAUGGUCCCUGAGAAAUAUCAUGCUUUAUCUACCUGUUUGUAUGUUGAUUUCUCUAUUUUUUGCAUUAUUUUUUCUAGGAUUAAAUUCUUCAUGUUUGUUGCCAG